CGACACUAUUCCUUGAUUGAAGUUGCUAAAUGAAAGUUCGUGAUGAUAUAUUGGUAUAUUCCUUGUAUGUAACGAGUUGGAUUUCAUCCAAGUAACGGGCUCCGUUCCUUUGUUGUUCAAAUGAUGGGAGAUCUUGGGUGAGGACGCGUUAUUCGGCGCGAAUUGAUGAGUGGCUUUGUGAAAAAGAGUAAGUCGAGUACUCGCUGUUGUCCAAGGAUUACAGUUUAUUAUGGCGCGAUAUGUUUUUGUGUUUUUGUGUUGAUUGCGCCGCUUAGAAACGCAAAAGAGAAUCGUAUCCGUUCAUUAAUUGGUUUUGUUUCUACCUUUGAUAUAGGACAAUCUGCGUCCUCCUUCGUUUAAAGUCUUAUCUUUGUGACUUCGUUUGGUUGAUAAUAUUUUACUGAUACUACAGGCGAGCUCAACAGCUCGCCGAGGAGAUCGGAGUUUCACAAAUGAAUAAAUUUGAAAAACUGGGGAAAAUCGGUGAGGGAUCCUAUGGAGUGGUCUUCAAAUGCAGAAAUAAAGAAAAUGGACAGAUCGUGGCGAUCAAAAAAUUUGUCGAGUCCGAAGAUGAUCCGAUGAUCAGGAAAAUCGCGAUGCGAGAAGUUGGAAUGCUCAAGGUAUGAGCUGAAAUUUUCUUCCUUCUCCUGGUGAAUUGAUUUGUACGUGUUAAUUGGUAGAGCAUCUUAAUAAUUUAUAAGUUUACUUCUAGGUGGAAGUCUGUUUCUCUUGUCAGAAAUUUUAUUACCUUACAUCAAUUUCUUCCCUUGUUUGCUGGUUGCUGGCACUUUGAAACCUGUACUAAACCUGUAGCCUGCCAAGGGAAGGAAUGUUAAGCUGUGAAAAUCCAGUAGAAUUUUUCUGCAAAAGAAUUUAAGCUGAGUUAAGUCUACUCAUCUAUUUUACAUUUACUUCACCUUGCCAAUGAGGAUUAAUUCUUGAUGUUUUUUUUGCUACACAAAGCAAAUAAAGGAUUAUAGGUUUUAAAUUGAACAUAUAUAACCCCAGAAAUUCUACAGUUGUACUUGGUAGUGGUACAGUAGGUCCUUAAAUGAACAGUUGCUGUCAAUCAAUAAUUAAUCCAUGGUUGUCAAAGCAUCUAGUUCACUUCUUAUAGUUUUGGUUGAAAUUUAUUCUCCUGUGUCACAAUAUUUCAAGGGGAAAUAAAAAUCUCUUUUUUAUUUCCUUAUUAGAACUUACGGCAUCCAAAUCUUGUAAACCUACUGGAGGUAUUUAGAAGAAAGCACAAAAUCCACAUGGUGUUUGAGUACUGUGAUCAUACGGUGUUGAAUGAGCUUGAAGCCCAUCCAAGAGGGUAGGUUGAAAUCUACUGUAAAAAAAAACAGUGAAAAACCUACGAUUGAUAGGUCGCUUAGAGGAAGGGUUGUUUAGGACAGGGGCUCUCUCACAGGUAAUCAAGGCUUCUGAUAGAUUGUGGAAAAAAGUCAAAUUUCUCAAGAUUUUUUGGGGCAAAUUUGCAAAAAAAUUGGCCAAUUUCGCAAGAAAUUUUGCGGCAAAUUUUGCCGAGAAAUAACGGGUAAAAAACAGCCAAUUUCAUUGCAAUUUUUUGGGCAAAUUUCACUAAAAUUGAUCUCACCAGUGCUGUAAGGUUUUUGUAACAGAUAUAAUCAUUUGCUCUUUCAAUAACAAUAACACCAUGGCUAGUGCCCAGUUUUUUUUGCAAUAUAAUGCACGCCUGGUAGUUUUGGGACGUUGUUUGCUCAAGAUAAAUUUAGACGUUCGAGGUGAAUAUUAAAACAGGUCCAGUGGCCGAUAUAAGUAUCAAAUAUGUUGUACAAACGUGUAUUUGGUAAUAUUGUGCAUAUUUUGGUGAAUAUUGCGGGAUUUCACGAGAAAUAUCAGGUAACUGGUCUAAUACCUCUGCCAAAUAUUUAUAAUUUGCAAACAAUUUCUGAGUUCACUACAGGCAGUGCCAUUUACUUAAAGGGUUAAAUUUUUACUGCAACAGAACAGAAAUGGAAACAAUUGAAAUUAAAUAAAAUGCGUACAGUAAGAUUUUUCUCUUUCUUACUAAUUUAUUUGCCUGGGACUGAUUUUUCAUAGAAAACGUGUGUGAGAAUUAAACUGCAUUCCAACAAAGUUCAUGGUAUCAAAUCUUUCUCUUGGAUUCUAGCAGGAGCUUGGAAAUUGAGUUUGUUUGACUUUAUUGUUCUUUUUUAUUUGUAGUGUGGAAGAAAAAAUGGUCAAGAGUAUUAUUUACCAAACUCUUCAAGCAGUUAACUUUUGUCAUCAACACAAAGUGAGUGGUUUCUAAGGUUACAGCGUGUUUUCAGAAGAGGGAAAUUUUGAGAAUCAUGACAUAUUUUUUACUGCAAGGUGUAAAAAUAUGUACAUUGCAGACUGUGCUAUAGUGGGAAAUGUACUGGCAAACACAGAUAAUAGGGAAAUAUGGUAGUUUCCUUUGGGGCGUGGGUACUCCACCAAUGUUUGGGAAAAGGUGAGCUGCAGAUGGUUUGAAACCCUGACCCUGUUCAGGACAAAGAAAUCCUAAAAUACACACCCUGUUUAGGACAACAACCUCAAUUUUAUGACCCUGCUUAGGAGAAAAUACGUGCUGUCUUGUUUUAAGGCCAUUUAUUGACAAUUUUAUUGCAAUAGACCAAAUACACAUUAUAUUAAACAAUACGGUUUGUUUGCUUGGAAGUACAAACAAAUUUCAUCAACCAAAUCAAAUCAAUUGCGCAUGCAAUACCCUUUUUAUGAUUAGAACAGACUCUGUUUAGGACAGCUGGGAAAUAAUAUACCCUGUUUAGGACAGAGAGGAAAAAACCAUACCCAGUCCAGCAGCACAUCCCUGUACAGGUCAUACAAGAGAGCACCCCCCUUCCCUCCCUGGGUAGUUUCCUCUAUGUUGAGCAGCACAGUUAGCUCAAUUUGUUGGGUUUCUGACUGUGGCAUGGUAGGCAUAGGUUCAUUUUCCAGCCAGACAAACACUUAGGUUCAGACGCUAUACUUCACAUCAGCUAAAUCAAAUUCCACGUCAGGCUGAUCUUUAUUCUGAACUAAAAUUAAGAGAGGAUGCAUUUGGUUUGGCUCUUGUGAAGUCCAACCUCUAAAUCAAUGCUGGUCCAGAGCCAUUAUUCUUGGCUGGGCCAGGUGUAAAGAAUGGCUGAGCUGACCCAAAUCCAGUUUUGAGAUGUGUCAGAUGCCAUACUUCGCAUGAACUUAAUUAGCUGAAUUCAAUAAUUGAAUUAAUGACUCAAUUCAAUGAAUUAACUGCAGGGUCUCAAAGUCUUAAAAAUAACUUAGGAGUUCUAUCUUUGAUGCAGGCGUGUGUGGUGGCAUGGUGAAUUCCAGACCUGGAGGUGCGGAGUUUAAGCCUUGCCCAUCCAAUGUUUCCUUAGACAAGGAACGUUACUCCACUUUGUCUCUCUUCACCCAGGGGGAUAAAUGGGUACUGGUGUUAUACUGGUGGGAGGUAGCCCUGAGAUGGACUAGCAUCCCCUCUAGGCAAAAAUACUCCUAGGCAUCCUUCAUGCUAAGUGUUUUCUGUGUCUUUUUUCAGUGUGUCCACAGAGAUGUAAAACCCGAAAACAUUCUUAUUACUAAAGAUGGUGUUAUAAAGCUCUGUGACUUUGGAUUUGCCAGAAUCUUAAGUGAGUUGACUUUAUAUUGAAACAGACAAGUUGCAGCAACACAUUGCUUCGACACAUCACAGAGACAAAUUUCUUUGUUUGUACUGAGAAUUUUUGUGAAAAUCUUUGUCUCUUCAACAGAAUUUUGUCACCGCAACAAAUCUCACAAAAUCAAAUCAGACUGAAUUUGUGCGAUUUGUUGCAGUAAAAUUCUGUUGCCGAGACAAAGAUUUUCACAAAAAUUCUCCAGUUCACACAAAGCAAUUUGUUGCUGCGACUGUCACGUAACUUGUUUCAGCAGCUUAUCUCCUGACCUGUACAUAUAGAGUGAUAUGUCACCAAGACAUGUUGCAGUGACAUAACACCCAGUGUGUCCUUAAAAUGAGGCAAGUGCAAUUGUCGCUUGUGUGAAAAUGAGGUAAAUUUGCACCUCAGAGAAAAUGGUUCCCAUUCUUUAUUUUUUCCCAUAACUAAAAAAUAAACAACCUCCCAUUGUAUUGUUACUUUCUGUUAUAGCUGGCAAACUGUUAAAAACUGAUUGUGCUUCAAUGUCAAGUGAACAGUCACCGUUAGUUUUAAUAUAAAUCUCGGGUGUCUUUUUUUAGCAAAUUCUUUAAGCCAAAACAACAGGCUCUGAAUUGAAGUAUGGCACCUUGUUAAAAGAUUUGCAAUGCUCAUAAUAUAUCAUGGAACCUCUCUGUAAUUACUUUAUUUUCUUGGAUUUUUAGCAAAAAAUGAUGAGUGUACUGACUAUGUGGCAACACGGUGGUAUCGUGCACCAGAGCUUCUUGUUGGCGAUGUACAGUAUAGCUUCCCAGUGGAUGUGUGGGCGAUAGGAUGCGUAUUUGCUGAGCUUAUAACAGGGCAGCCAUUAUGGCCAGGCAGAUCAGAUCUUGAUCAAAUACACUUGAUCAGAAAGACAUUAGGUAUUUAUAAAGUACAUGUAUAGUACUGAAUGCAUGUACAGUGUAACUGAGGGUUUCAUGUGUAUUGAGGAACUGGCAUUGUAAUCAAAUUGCACUGCCAUCAGUGCUUGUGAAAACAGUAAACGUGAUCAAAAAUGUUGAACUUGUUGUGAAAAUAAUUUGGGUCUCUUGACAUACUGGACUCCCCAGUCUUGUUUUUAUACCUUUUUUAAUAAUGAAAAUAACAACGAUUAUGAUAAUCAACCACCCAAGUGUAGUGAAACUAGAAAUGAAUGUUAGGUACAACAAAGAAAUGCUUGCAAAAAAAUGUGAACCCCCACUGGAAAUUGAACCUUCAACCUUCCAGAUAGCGCUUUACAGUUAAACACUGAUGAACCUGUGACAGCCCGGCAAAAUAGUGUUUUCCUUGGUUAACGUGUAAGUCCCAGAGUCCCAUCAAUAGACCAGUUUCGAAUUAAAAACUACCGCUGAAUACAAACAUUAAAUUCCGGCUAGUAAGUGUUUAAAAUUUGAAUAUACACAAUAGACAGAGUAAUAAACAGGUCUUUUUGUCAUUUGAAUUUGUAAAUAUAUUCAGAACCCUGUCAAGUCUUCCUUUAAUUCAGCUGUCCCGAAUCGAAACUGGACUAUUUUCUUCUAACAAUAAACAAUCAAGAGAAUAGGUUGUGAGAAUUGAUCUAAAGAAAAAAUGCAUUUAUCUAUUAUCAAAUUCUCUCAACUCAUUCUUUAUGGAAAUGUAUAGAGACCAGUUUGGAGAAUUUGUAUCUGGAUAUUGGGAUUUAAAGGGUUAAGAAACCAUUGGCAAGGCAAAAUAUUUAAUAAGGGCUGCAUUGCUCUUUUAAGUGAACACAGGCCAUUUUAUGAAACACAGGCCAUUAACUAAAGGAGACCAUCUGGGCGUGGCUCAAGCUUAUAUGCUAAUAAAGGCAUGUUUUGUUGGAAUGGACAAUGAGUUUUAGGUGAUCUAACAAACAAAGUUGAAAAGCAAAAGAAGAUAUUCAGACCCUAAAAACCUUGGCGGCUUAAAAUUUUACCAUGGAUAAACAAAAUACCAGAGCUGUUUCAAAAAGAAAUGGUAAGAAUGUUUACAACAACUGAGAAGCAAAAGAAGAUAUUCAGAGAAAAUAAAUUUUACCAUGGAUAUACAAUACCAGAGCCAAAAGAAAUGGUAAGAAAGUUUACAACAACUUACAUUCAGUAGCACUCGAUCUCUUUUCUCAUGACUGCAGCAUUACAGCUUUCAUUGUUGUAGGAGAAAAGUUGAACCAAGAAGUACAAGUGUCUAUUAAUUGGUGUUCUUGUGCUGCAGUGUAUGCAGAGGAUGUAAGCACAGUAUUGAAGCAAUUUGAUUUUGUUUCAGGACCCUUUAGAAUCCAAAUUCAAGCUACCAAGCACAGCUAUGAAUUUUAUGAAGGUAUGUGAAUAUACAUUGUAUAGUAAAUUAUCUACUACAAAGGCUACUUUUAUCAGCAUUGUCAUAGUCACUAUCAUCGUAAUCUUUGUCCUCCUGAUCAGUCCUUAUCAUCAUCGACAUCACCAUUAAUUUUUCAUGUCAUCAUCAUUAUCAACUUAACCAUUAUCGUUAACUAAAUUCAAUAGUUAAAGGUUGAAAGAGUAGUCAUUGAUUUGCUGUGAUUUUAUCUGCAUAUAGGGGUGUUUUGAGAUGGAUCCUGAACAGCGUUUAACUUGUGCCGAGCUUCUGGCACAUGCAUAUUUUGAUGAUUAUGAACCAAUGAGAGCUCCUGCUGUUAAGACGAGAAGAACAAGGGUAGGUUCUUUCAACCAAACGCGAGAGUUUCAACAAUAGAAAUUCUCAAAAGUUCAACAUUUCAUUUAAUACGAUAAUUUCAUCCACAGAUUCAAAAAUUCGAACCACCUUAUAUAUUUUUAUAAACAGCACUACAGGAAAGAACUCCUUAUAUAGCUUUCAUUUGAAUGGUCGCACCAUAGGAUUUCAUCCACAGACUCAAACGUUACCAGCAUAAUAAACAGUAAAGGAAAUACUGCUCAGUAGCUUUCAUUUUUGAACGGUCCAUAGACUCAAAAGUUAGAACCACCUUGUACAGCAUAAUUCAGUCCACAGACUCAAAAUUUGAACCACGUAGGAUUUCAUCCACAGACUCAAAAGUUUAUAGAACCACCUUGUACAGCAUAAUAAAGAGACCACAGGAAAGUUCUGUUCAGUAGCUUUUUUUCAAAUGGCUUCACGAGGAUUUUGACGAUAACAGCACAGUGUUUUAAACGACAAAAACUUCUCGGUACGUGUAGCUUUCAUUUGAAUACAUUCAGUAACUCUAAUAGAUUGUUUUCUUUCCUUGCUUGUUUAGCAACGAAUUAAACCUUCGUCAGAUAAUGAACCUCCCUCUCAUCACUUACCUCAGCUUGCCACGGAAUCACCAGCUCCGGAUAGAACAGGUAAGGAAGCGUAAACUGAAGAAUUUCUGGCAGUUCUUUGCAGUCAUUAAUCGGAACUUAGCAUUAGGGAGCUUAAGCUACCACGACGACGACCACGACGACGUCCACGACGACAACGUAAAAAAACAAUUGGUUGUAUGAGCAAAACAACAGCUCUGCACGUGCAUCACGCUUUUUAGUACAUUUCUUUCACGUUCACUGCACGACUACGAUGUCAAACCUCCCAAUGCGACGUUUUACAGAAGACGUUAACAUUUGACGACGAAUUUUCCUCUCUCUUUUUGAACCUGGAUAAAGUCCUUGAAGAAUUCCACUGCGGGAAAACUCGCCUACAUUUGACAAAUUGAGCAAGUUCAAAUGGGCGCGAUAGAGUUUGAAACGACACAAAUUCAUUUUCAUCGAGGUGGUGGUUGCGUAAGCUCCCUUUUCAGUACGACGACGACGACAGCAAAAAUGUCAUGCACGUGCAGAGUUGUUGAAUCUGUUAUUGUAGUUGUGCUGGUUGUUUUAAUUCAAGGUUUUCUAAACUUGCCCAUUUAAAUGCAAAAAUUUGGCUUUCUUGAAAGAGAAAAAACCUUACUAUCAUUUUUCUCUACGCUGUCAAUCAUGAGUGGUCGCCUUCAUUCUAUACUAAAGGUACGGUAGCCGCUGGUAAUGACUAACGAAAGUAUUGUGAUAACUUGGAAUUUGACAAAUCGACGACAGUUCUUCAUGGUCUGUACUCUUAUCGACGUGUUGAAAACUCGAGUUACUGCAUUAACAAAAAAAAUUGCCACUCCAUCACGUCAUUUUCAUCUUCAGUACUGUUAUCGACUUUAGCUCUCGAUCAAUCAGUGCGCGAGAAAUCGGUCAGUUAUCGUAAGUGAUUGUUCGGCUUUGCUCGCAUUUUUCGCUCUUCGCGCAUGGCUUUCUCAGUCCAUCUAGAGGGCAACUAACUCUUCAGUUUUCCUUAAUAUACAAAAAUUAAUCUUGUUUACGGCAACCAUGAACAGCAUUUUUUAAUUUUGUCAAAUUUCAGUCAGUAAAGAUUUCUCUUUUUUUCCAUUAGACAAAAACAAGGACAAAGUGAAACAUAGCAAGCUCAUGGAUCAUUUGCCUUCAAUUUAAACCUCCA